CAGUAUCAUCCCCUAGCACCACUGGCCGCAGAUAUGUACGCGGCGGAGGUUUUAGGCUGUUUCUUCGCUAGCAGAGAGACCUCUUCAGCAAUGGCAACUCCUAUCUGUAUCACAAAGGCCGCUUCGAUCGGACCUAGUUUUAUUUUCAGUACUCCUAUGAAACCUGGUAGAACUUUCUCCUGUUGCCGCUGCAGUUUGGACUCCAAGUCAGUUGGCGGUGAUGUUUUCUCGGUGACGCCGUCUCACAAGUACGACGUGGACUAUCUUGGACAGAGCACUAAAGGGGAUUUGAACGUCAAGUUCGAGCAUCUUGAGGCUUUUGGAAUUGAUGGCCAUGCCGCAUUGGAAGGUCCAAUUGAGGAAGUUGCCCGAACAGAGGCUAAUGAAGCCGAAGGAUUGCUGAGAAACUUGGGUAUUCCGAGCCCUUCAUCAUCUAGAAAUUCACCUCGUGGAAUAUUUUGUAGCCGCACCUUGAAUCUGCGGUCAAUUAGUGCAAUUGGAUAUGAUAUGGACUACACCUUGAUGCAUUAUAAUGUCAUGGCUUGGGAAGGACGGGCUUAUGACUACUGUCUGGAAAACCUUAAGAAUAUGGGUUUCCCUGUUGAUGGACUUGCAUUUGAUCCAGAACUGGUGAUUAGAGGUCUUGUCAUAGAUAAGGAGAAUGGUAACCUGGUUAAGGCUGAUCGAUUUGGUUACGUUAAGAGAGCUAUGCAUGGGACCAGAAUGUUAUCUAAUAGAGCCCUGAGUGAAAUGUAUGGGAGGGAACUGGUGGACCUGAAGCAGAGCCGAUGGGAGUUUCUCAAUACAUUUUUCUCUGUGUCUGAAGCUGUGGCCUACCUGCAGAUGGUUGACAGAUUGGAUGAUGGGGUUAUUUCACCAGAUCUUGGUCCACUUGAUUACAAAGGUCUUUAUAAGGCUGUUGGGAAAGCUCUGUUCAGGGCACAUGUAGAAGGUCGUCUCAAGAGUGAAAUUAUGUCUAAGCCUGAACAGUUUGUGGAGCCUGAUCCUGAAUUACCUUUGGCACUUUUGGAUCAGAAAGAGGCUGGUAAAAAGCUUCUGCUCAUAACGAACUCAGAUUAUCUUUAUACGGACAAAAUGAUGAGGCAUUCCUUUAAUAGGUUCCUUCCCAAUGAUAUGGGUUGGCGAGACCUAUUUGACAUUGUAAUUGUCUCAGCAAGGAAACCAGAAUUCUUUCAAAUGUCACACCCUAUGUAUGAAGUGGUGACCGGCGAGGGUCUUAUGCGGCCAUGCUUUAAGGCAAAAACUGGGGGUUUAUACUCAGGGGGCAGUGCACAGAUGGUUGAGAAUUCUUUAAAUAUCCAUGGCGAUGAGAUAUUGUAUGUUGGUGACCAUAUUUACACAGAUGUUAGUCAAUCCAAAGUCCAUUUACGUUGGAGAACAGCAUUGAUUUGUCGAGAAUUGGAAGAAGAGUAUGAUGCACUGAUUCAAAGCCAGAGUCAUAGAACAAGGUUAGUGGAGCUUAUAAAUCAGAAGGAAACUGUAGGGGAUCUCUUUAACCAACUUCGGCUUGCUCUGCAAAGGCGGAAUUAUUCACGGCCUGCUCAAACACUAGCUGCAACAAAUUUGGAUGAUGAAGACCUCACUGAAUGCAUGCAAAAGUUACUUAUUGUUAUGCAAAGGCUGGAUGAUAAAAUUGCUCCCAUGCUGGAGGCAGAUGGGGAGUUCUUCAGUAAAAGGUGGGGUUUCCUAUCUCGCGCCGGUCUGUGGGAUAAAAGCCAUUUGAUGAGACAGAUUGAGAAGUACGCUGAUAUAUACACAUCUAGGGUGUCAAACUUUCUAAAUUAUACACCCUUCAUGUAUUUCCGCUCUCAAGAACAGAACCUUGCUCACGAUUCCUACUCAAACUAUUGCUCUCAUUUUGAUGAGCCAUCUUCAUGAGAGAGAGUGCAAGCAAUGGGAAAGGUAAAUAGAAGAAAUAAAAGUCUGCUGCUGACAAAAGAAGCAGAUGUUUAUUGUAACCGUUUGAUGAUGAUGAUGAUGAUGAUAUCUUACACUUUUUGUUUAUGAGAACUGAUAAUGAUGUCAUAUCUACCAAGGACACCGACGUCACAAGAGUCCUUGCCUUGGAUUAGCGGUGUCACAAUCUGAAGCUUGAAGAAAAAGAAAACAAUGAAACAGCCAUAAAAUGUGUAUCAGGUUGACAGAACAUGUGUGGGGUGUUUAGUUAAUUAAAGUUGUACCUUUUGUGUUCAAAUUAAUUUUAUUCCUGCCAAAUGCCAA